CAUGGCAUGCAAAUGUAAACAACUGUCGGAAACGGCUGUACUUAACAAAUUAGAAAAAAAAGGGGACGAACGCUCCAUCGCAUGGUCCGGAUUUACGACUCAUCGCAACUUUUAUGCAGUUGUUGCUAUCCAGCAUUUUUUUUUAAUUCGCCCGUUCGUAAGCUACAUCCAAAACGCCUUUGGCGGUUUUGCUUCGAGCCCAUGGACAAUCUUUUAAUCACAUCGCUUUCCACAUAGUCAGAUCUGAAAGGUGAAUCGAAACAGAAGAGCCUUGCAUUUGCUGUCAACAUGAUUGUGGAAAUCUGUUUAUUGGCACUCUCCAUUGCUUUAAUAUUCCAGUUAUCGAGAAAGCCAAAAAACUUUCCCCCAGGACCGAUGGGAUUGCCCCUUGUUGGAUAUUUACCUUUUGUGAACAAACUCGAUCCUUAUGUGCAUAAAGCUAUGCAAAAAUUAGCAAAAAUUCACGGCCCGGUGACUGGAUUUUAUUUGGGCCCAAUUCAGCCUUUCAUUUCGGUUUGCGGGUAUGAAACCGUAAAAAAAGCGCUACAUAAUGAAGAUCUCAAUGGUCGUCCAUCUAGCGGGACGAUCACGGAAAGAACGUUUGGCAAAAAGCUCGGUAUAAUGUUUACAGAUGGCGAUUUUUUACGUGAGCAGCGGCGAUUCACGCUCCGCCAUCUUCGUGAUUUAGGAUUUGGACGAACUUCAUCGGAGAAUCUCAUCCACGAAGAAAUCCAUGAACUGAUUGAAGAGAUAAAAAUUUCGGCCAGUUCCAAUCCUGAUUCCGUAGUCGAUUUCAAAGCCUUGUUCAAUCCUACCUUAAUCAAUAUCCUGUGGGCAUUUAUUGCUGGUAAACGGUACAAGCAUAAUGACGAGGAACUAAAUCGUUUGUUGCAUAUGGUCGACUUAUUUGUCGCAAGCGGAAACAAUGUGCGAUCAAACUUGCCUAUACCUGCUGUUCUGCUUCGUAACUUUCCAAUUUUAAAGAAAAUUAUUGGCUUGCACACUGAUAUGUUUGUUCCUAUCCAGAAUUUCAUUCGAGCCUCCAUAGAUGAACAUGAGGAGAACCCUUCUGAGGACGAUCCUCGUGAUUUUAUCGAUGUUUAUCUUUCUGAAGCGAAGAAACAGGAGAAAGUCAAUCCUGUGUCUACAUUUCACAAGGAGCAGUUGAUUAGUCUCAUUUUUGAUUUAUUCAUUGCUGGAGGGGAUACCACAGGCAACUCAAUCGGAUUUGUAUUGUUGUACCUCAUACACCAUCCAGAUGUCCAGCGUAAGAUGCAGGAAGAAUUAGACAAUGUAUGCGGAUCUUCCAUGCCAACUUUAGCGCAACGUCCAAGUUUACCCUAUACGGAAGCUGUCUUGUUGGAGGCUUCACGUUUGUCCUCUAUUGUUCCGUUUUCCAUUCCCCAUUAUGCUUUAAAGGAUACCCAACUUCAAGGAAACACUAUACCCAAAGGGAGUAUUGUACAAAUCAAUCUCUAUUCGGUUCAUUUGGAUGAAAACUAUUGGAACGAUCCCGAGAAGUUUCAACCUGAACGACAUCUCAGUGCUGAUGGUACAACUGUUAUAAAAUCGGAUCGGAUUCUCCCGUUUGGGGCUGGUAAACGGAUGUGUUUAGGAGAAUCGCUAGCCCGCAACACGCUUUACCUGUUCGUAACCAGUUUGGUCAAGUCUUUCCAGUUUCAAGCAAUACCGAAUGAACCUCUACCAACUCUUGAUCCUCGAAUGGGAUUCGUUCAGGGGUACGCCCCGUUUAAAGCUGUUAUUAAAUCAAGAAAUUGAUCGGAGUUUUUUAUGAGGUAUAUUAACAACUUAGCUUCUUUACAUUACUGUUACCGCUAGCCUUUUUACAUUACUGUUACUGCACACAAGACAUAAUAUCAGUACGCAUAAUAAUAAUAAACUGUUUUUCAAAAAAACAUUUAAAA